UUGCUAUGCGAUUAAAUAUCAUUCGUUUUGGAUUAAUGCCAAUACUAUCAGAGUUUCACUAGACCAACUUCAGCAUGUUUGUAAUGAAAUAAAAAAUAAAAACGAAAUUGCUAUCAUAGAAAAGUAUGGUCGUAUAGGAAAACAUCAAACGAUAAUAAUUACGAUUCUUGCCGCAUGUGCCAUAUCUAUUUAUUUCUUCCUGCCAAUCUGGCAUCGUAUAUUUGAUGUAAUUCUGGCUAUAAACAAUUCCCGAUCACGCUCUGCAGCGAUUCACAUUGCAACAGAAUAUUUUGUUGAUCAAGAAAGAUUUUCCUACUUAAUUCUUUUGCAUACAAACACAGCCUUGUGCAUAGGGGCAACUGCAAUGACAGCAACAGGAACAAUGCUGAUAGCAUACCUCAAACAUAUUUGUGGAAUGUUUAGCAUUGCAAGUUUUCGUAUUAAGAAGGCAAUGGCAGUUAAUAUGCAACAAGAUGUUAAUGAAGAAAAAACAGUUAUAAUUUAUAAAAGAAUAAUCUGUGCGAUAGACAUUCAUCGCAAAGCUACAGAGUUUUCUCAAGUCUUUAUAAGGAGUUUUGAAAGAUCGUUCUUCUGUUUAAUAGCGGCUAGUAUGGUUUGCAUAACCAGCAGUCUUGUUCAAAUCAUAUCAUAUAAUAACACAGAGCAACUUGUAUUUGAACUUUUAAAGAUAAGUGUUCUCUAUAUAUACAUGUUUUUGUCUAAUUAUAUCGCACAAGAUAUUACAGAUCACAAUGAAUACGUAUUUGCUACAGUAUAUGAUGUUGAAUGGUAUGUCGCUCCAUUACACAUACAAAAAAUGAUGUUAUUUCUACUACAAAAAGGUACAAAGGCUUUUCGUUUGAUUCUCGGUGGAAUAUUCAUUGCGUCUAUGGAAAGUGCUGCUACGUUGAUGGGUACUUCAAUAUCUUACUUCACUGUUCUCUAUUCUACAAGUACGAAAUAAUAAUUGUAAAAUAACUGAGACAGCCCUCAAUUUUAGGUGUCGCUUGCUGUACGUAAAGAUUCAAUUCGAAAAAAAGGUAAAAAUUUAUAUUUAAACAGAAAAUUACAUACAUAUUAUAAAGU